AUGUACCUACUCUACAACAACAUACCCCCACCACCACAACGACAACCAUUGUCAUCAUCAUCAUCAUCACCACCACCACCACCACCACCACCACCACCACCACCACCACCCUCCUCCACACUAUCAACAAUGGCAGCAAUAAACUACCGCCUCAUCGACAUUGACGCCCUCGACCCCGACGCCGCCUUCCCCGCCGACCUCCUCACCCCCCACUUCGACCCCGUCCCUACCAGCGAGAUCCAGAGCCUCGCCAAUGCCUGCCGCCAGCAGCUCCAGCGCGGUGAACAAGAGGGUGCCCUCGUAACCGCCCUCCAGAACGUCCCCUACGGCGCUGAUGACGCCGGGAAGGACCUCCACCUCGCAACCGUGCUCGAGAUCUUAUCGAGCAUCAAGGCGGUCGAGAUGUCACCUAUCCUGUCGCGCCUGUAUUCCGGCCCUGCAGGAACAGAGCUGCUGGACACGCUGAUGAAGUAUCUAUAUAAGGGCAUGGCCCGCCACAACGGUGCUGCGCAGGCGAUCUCGAUGCAGGCGACGGGCAGCACGCAGCGGGAGUUUGGGGUCGCGCCGAGUAGAGGGGAUGGAGGAGGGAUGAGCGUGCUGUUGAGCUGGCAUGAGAAGGUUGUGGAGAUUGCCGGCGAGGGCGCGAUUGAGAGCUUGAAGUCUGGUAUGGUUCUAUUGAGGUGCGUGAUAUGUGAAUAA